AUGCUUUUCUUCAGUUUCUUCAAGACUUUGGUCGACCAGCAGAUAACCGUCGAAUUGAAAAAUGAUAUCGAAAUAACCGGCACUUUGCGUUCGGUGGAUCAGUAUCUUAAUAUUAAAUUGGAAAAUAUCACCAAUAAAGAAUCGAUAAGAUACCCCCACUUGAACGCCGUGAAGACCUUAUUCAUUAGAGGGUCGACCAUCAGAUAUGUACAUUUGCCAAAGAGCGCGAUCGAUGUCAACUUGUUGCAAGAUGCCGCCAGAAAAGAGGCAAUGGUUUCUAAGUGA